CCGACAUCAUACUGUUUGUCUCCCUUGUAACUUAUCUAGGCGCCAUUGUCUGUUUAUCAGGUCUUCCUGUCCGUUGUAACUGUCGGUGAGGACGUGGCCAGACCACAGUAUGCCGGCUUCAUCAUGACCAGCACAUCUCCCAAUGCUGCCCUCCACAUCCAGCCUGAAAGGGGUAUUGGCUGGAUAGUGCUCGGGUCCUCCCUUUACAGCAUUCUGACGAGGCUCAAGUCGUCUCCGCAGACUUAUCCCAAUCUUGAACUAUCGUACUCUGCUUCUGAGCCUAUCAGCCAGCCUGUCAUCGUCAGCCUGCCACGAAACGGGCUUAGACUACGCUUCGAUGGACCAGACCAACGCUUACGACUGAUCGAAAUCCUAGACUUCUCUCUCGGCUCGUUUGCGUACAAGAAUACGGAGCUUGUGCGCCGGAACAAGAGUUCAGAUACAGGUAGCCUGGAAGAGACAACGCCCAGUGGGCCGUCCUUCAAACAUGUCUACAAUCGCCUCUUCGGCCCUACAUAUGCCGGCGAAUACAUCCCGCCAGAGACCGGGAAUUCGACGGGUACUUAUGUCCUCUCGUAUCCCGGGCUUGCAUUUACAUUUCCAAUUCAACACAAGUCGUGGUCGGAUAAAGUCGAUUUCGUUUCCAUAUUGUCGUCCAAUGCAACAGGCCCGGCUACAUCUAUGGCGGUCUUUAUGGGGUCCUCAUGGCCCGAGGCCCGAACAAACCUGUACACGAGGCCUCCCACAUACCCUCGACUUCCAUCGCUUGGUGGAAAGUCCACAGAGACAAUUGCCGAUGAGAUCGAGGAGGUAAGAGUACUUGGAGCUGGAAAACUGGAGAUGAUACGAAGAAGCUUGCCACCGUUUGCAAUCACUUUACACGAGACUACACCUCAGGAUCUGGUGGCUGAAUUGGGGCCACCUGAUGCUAUCUAUCGCAAGAAUGAUCGAAGGAUUACCAUCCAUGCAACGGGCAACCCAGCGCACAGGAAACCCCCCAGCAUGUCACCUGGGCUGGACCCUCACGGCGUGGAUACCGAUCAAUCCUCGAUUCAAAGCUACACAGAAGAUUCGGAUCUCGAGCAGGAUGCGGAGGGUACUUGUCGGCCUGAAUCGAGCAAGGAAUCCUUCUACAACUAUUUCAAUCAUGGCUUCGAUAUACUCAUCUCUUCACCAGGAGUCAGAUCGCCAGCAUUCCCCGGCACCGUCGCAUCUGAACCAGCAACGUCGUCCAGCGCUCAACUUGUUGCCACAAAGAUAUUUCUGCAUGGGAAUAUACCGGGGUCCUUCUCGUUUAAUCGACACCGAAGAAGUCGCUGGACGAUCCACACAGGUGAAAGGGAUCUGACUUCAGAGAUGUCGUUCUCCGAAAUUUCGGCUGUGCUCAAGCAGGCGUGGUACAAGGACGAUCACGAGGACAAACAACUGCAACGAGGUAUGGUCCUGAACAGGGGCUGGGCGGAGAGUCCGGAAAGUUCAAUAGACCUGCUGGGCGAUUUGGAGGAGGACAGCCCGACGCAGGACCAGACCGAUGACGCAGGGGCAGCGGAGGCGAUCAAAGGCAUGAGCACUACCCAACUAUUCGGAUUCCCGGGGCUGCUAUUGGAAGUGCUCAAGAACGACACGGUUAGCUGCUUGACAGUGUUCUAGGUCGGCAUGAUGACGAUGAUAUGAAUGUCGGAUACCAAUGCAGUAGUUGAAUAACACAGAUACCCAGGACGUUGGUCACAUCCCACCCCAGCGCAUGAAUGAUCAAUACUCCUUCAACUUG